AUGGCAUCAACAGCGGCAUUGGAACAAGAAGAGUUCGAUGAUGCGUUUUGGCGAGAGGUUGAUGCAGCAGAGGCCGCUGCUGUCCUCGAGCAGCAGGGACAGAGCACCCGCAGUAAUACUAGCACCGUUGCAGAGAACCUAUCACCAACGAUGACCCCGCCUCAGCAAAGGUCGAAACAGGAGACUCGCCACAAGGAUGGCUCCAACGUUCAGGGGAUGCUACGAUAUCGGUGGAAGGUCGCCUCCAUCUCCGUUCACGGUGAUGGGUCCAAGAUCGAGGAAGAAUGGAUAGGAGAGGGGGAACUAGAGGUUCAUUGCCGACAAGUUUCACCCAGUGGGGCGAUCCAGGUGGAGAACGUGGUAGUGACGGCAGACGGAGGAGGUGGCAGCGCGAUGGACAUACCUCGACACGCGAUCGAGAACAGGGACAUGUUUGGUACCGUUGAGUUUCCCAUCGCUCGGCCGUCGGCGUUGACGAGCGGAAAGGAUGUCGGCGGCAUGCUUCUGACAACGGUAGACCGAACGCCCAGAGUCGCGUCGUCCACGGACAACAACCAACGACACGAAUGCGGUGACUCUACCGUCGCGUUGGAUCGAGGGCAAGUGUUGAGCAGCGGCAGGAAGGGUGAGGACGCGGAGGAAGAAGUGGCAGCGGCGGCGGCGGGCCUCUCGUCAGGAGGGGAGAAGGCUUAUGGAGAGACGCAUGCAGCAGUCACAAAUGCAAGCACGCGCUCGACGAAAGCAGCAGAGAGAUGGCACGAAUUUGAUAAUGAUGCUGCCAGAGAUGGCGGUGCCCGCGACUAUGGUGACAGCGUUGAGCGUAAGAAGGUCAGGAGAGUCGCGGAACCGAAUAAGGAAGAGAGGGCGGCUGUUCCGGACGGAGAAUGGCGAAGGCCGCUGGUGGCAUCGCCUCCGAAUCGUCGACGUGCAGCCGCCGGACGGAGGAGGCCGAAAGUCCGGGACGGAGCGCGAAACCGAAACGGGAGGGUUGUCGUACUUCGUCUCCACGACGACGACGACAACGACCGGGAGGCUCCCACAAGCGGUGCGGCAAUCUCACCAGCCGCUUCUUCGCGUGGCUCCAGCGUCCGGCGUGCUCGUGCUGCUGUUCAUGACAUUGGUGUUGGUGUUGGUGUUUGUGCCGGUGUUGGGGAGGAUCAACAGCAGCCUGAAGUUGGAGAACACCCGAGAAAGCGGCUGUUGCCGGUGGAAAGUCUUGCGCACCCUUCCAACGAGAGUCUUUCCGGGAAAAGAAACAAGGCGCUCCCACCGCCGCAACCGCGAAGCCUUCACACAGCAGCGGGAGUAUUUCGCGGCAGCAGGUCGAAAGGGGAAUCCUCGUGGCUGGCUCUGCGCCAGGCGUUGCACGAGCGCUACAGAGACUCCGUGGAGCAUGGGGCCGCAGAACAAACCGCCGCGGAAGCUGCUGAGCACGGCCGCGGGGGACGCGCGGGUUCUUCAAAAGGCGGGCGGGGUGGCUGUGGAGGAGAAGUGAUGUCCCCGGGGAUACGGGUUUUCCGCAGACAAGAUCACGCGUUCACGUACGUCGACGCGCUUGCAGCGAGGCUUGCCGCCGAGGAUGCCGCUCGUUACAGGGUAUUGUCCUUCGAGACGAGUGCAACCGGCAGCAGAAAGUUUGUCGUGUGCGACAUCCGGCGCUUCGAGGAGCGCUACCCCUACACGGCCUUGCCCGACCCUUCUCUCUUGCGCCACCUCCACCUGCCAGACCCGACACACCACCGCCAGCCGGGGUCACCAUCAUCGCCGCUGCCGCCGCCGCCGCCACAGUCAACACCGCCGCACGUACCCUCUAGUCCUGCCAUCGCAGAAGACAGCAGCAACCGUGGCGAGUGCGACAGUAACCCAGGCGAUGGAAGAAAUACCGGUGACAGCGUCCGCUCUCCGGCGACAACGACGACGCCGUCUCCCAUGAGCCUGGAACCCUUGGAGCCACCACAACCAGCGGCGUUUCCAGCGCCCCGCCCGGAUGGUUCUGGAGUAUCGUCCGUCGGCCCGGUUUGUGAGAAACCGAGCCACCCUCCCUGCCCGUGCCCGUCCUCGCCCCCUCCUCGGCCUUCGCCUCUUCGGCAUAUGUACGAGAUCAUACGGGAAGGCCGCCCUUGCCGCAUGUACUUCGACCUGGAGUUCGCCCGCGGCCCUAAUCCCGGCCUGGACGGGGAGGAGCUCGUCUGUGCUUGGAUCAACGUCGUUGCCGGAAAACUCCACCAGGAAUUCGGCGUCAGCGUCGGCACCUCCAACGUGUUGGAUCUAGACUCUUCUACGCCGAAAAAGUUCAGCCGGCACUUGAUUUUUCACUUGCCCGGAGAUCAGCUCUUCCUGGAUAACUCUCACGUCGGAAGGUUCGUCAACAGUCUCGCCGCCGAACUAGAGUCUUGGCGGGCUCCUCAGUCUCCGUCGACCCCGGCGACACCGCCGGGCAUCGGCCGCGACGAUAUUGUGCCGACCGCGACCGCCGCCGCCGCCGUCGCUGUCCCUCACUGCGUCAUCAGAAGCGGCGGCGGGAACGCCGGAGGUGGGGAUCACUUGGGCGGGACGCCUUCGUCCGAUGACUUCCCGACCUCUGCGGUACCCGUUCCUACGGUGGCUACAGCUCCAAGAGAUGGUGAUGGCGAUUCGUCGACGGGUUCAACGCCAACCACUGCCACGGCACCAACAACGGCCAAGGCGGAUUGCUCCAACGACGACAAGACGAACGGCGGCGGCGGGGGCGGGGGCGGUGCUGGGGCGCUGGAGAGACUGUGGGUGAAGGACGGCGACGGUCGGAGGGUGCUCUUCGCCGACGUCAGCGUUUACACCAGGAACCGAUGCUUCCGCCUGCUGGGUUCGAGCAAGUUCGGCAAAGCUGCUUGUCUUCGGGUGGCGGCAACGAACAAGCGGACCCUCGACCACAUGGUCUGGAGAGGGAGGGGGGGAGGAACGUUCGCUCGCACGUCGUCGUCGUCGUUGUUGUCGCCGCGAGAACAGAAGCAGCAGCUCCGUGACGUGGCGCGAACGCUGUUGCACGACUCCCUCGUCGUGCCGGUCACCCCACGGAGUUCCCCAGCGGAACUCUUUCUGACCGUCGGCGGUGGGACAGGCCAGCACCGCUAUUCUAGGUUCGGUAGCUGCAGGAAGCAAACAGGCGAUUGCUCUUCCUCGCAACAGCGGCAGCAACACGGGUGGUCAACUAACGGCACGAUAUCUGCCGAAAGAGGUGAGCACCGCGGCAGUUCGCAAGACCACGGCAGCGGUAGCAGCGAUGGCGACGGAUGGAGGGUGUCGAGCCAGGGGUUCGGGCCGUCGCCGUUUCCCGCGGUCGAUUCCUUCCUGCGGACUCUGGUCGGCCAAGGAGGCACGAGAGGUGAACUCCGACAGUGGAGCUACACGGCAGGUCAAGUUCCGCCACGCACCGUCGAGCACGACCAUCAGGAAGGCAACGGCAACGGCAACGGGAGUGGCAAUGCGGGUGGCACUGGGUUGGUAAGCCCCGGGAGCCAAAGCGCACCACAACCCCCGGCUACCGUCGUACGCAAGCUCACCCACCAGGUUGCCAACAACCGUUGGUGCUGGAAUAUCGGGAGGGCCCACAAAUCGAACCAUGUGUUCUUGGUGACGGACUUAUCACGAGGCGAGGUUCGUCAGCACUGCCACGACCAGGAAUGCCGGCGGUCCGGGUAUCGCUCUAAUCCUGUGCGGCUGCCCAUAGGCGUGGCGCCUUUAGAGGAUGAUCUUGAAGCGUUUGAGCUGGAGCUUGGAUUAGCGGCGGCGAUGCGAGAAUCUCCCGCCGACUGGGCGGCGGUUGCGUAA